AUGUCUGCUUCCCCAUCCAACCUUCCCUCGGCCAAGCGCCCUCUGGAGGACCCCUCCUCUCCUUCCGGUCCCAAUGACCAACCUGAGGCCAAGCGCCCGGCUUUGGACAAAGUAGUCAAGAGUGAUGAUGCCGAGGCCGAGGCCGAUGUCUCCAGCGACCAAGUUCCAACCACUGAUGGCGCCAAGGAUACCCAAGGAGAUACUGUGGUCCCCGAUGCUCCCAAUGGCAAGGGUGCCCCGACCGAAACUCAGCCCAUCCAAUCAACAGCUUCCCAGGCUGACCGAACGGCUUCUGACCAGCCUCCUGUCGACGAGUCCAGCUGGGUGCACAUCCGUGCGGUCAUUUCUAGCCAGGAGGCUGCUACCGUCAUUGGAAAGGGAGGUGAGAACGUGUCUCAGAUUCGUCAGUUGUCAGGUGCCAAGUGCACUGUCAGUGAUUAUUCUCGGGGUGCUAUUGAGCGUAUUCUGACCGUCAGCGGUCCCCAAGAUGCUGCUGCCAAGGCGUUUGGUUUGAUCAUCCGUACCCUUAACAAUGAGCCUCUUGAGGCCGCCUCCACUGCCCAGUCCAAGACUUACCCCCUUCGCUUGCUAAUUCCCCACAUUCUGAUCGGCUCCAUUAUUGGAAAGGGCGGCAGCCGCAUUCGCGAGAUUCAGGAAGCCUCUGGCGCUCGUCUGAAUGCUUCUGAUGCCUGCCUUCCUCUGUCCACCGAACGGUCACUCGUCAUUCUCGGUGUCGCGGAUGCCGUGCACAUUGCGACCUACUACGUGGCUUCCACCUUGGUCGAACAGUUGACUGAGCGUUUCGGCGGUCCCGCCGCCUCAGCUUAUGCCACUCGCAGUGGUGGUCCUGCCGGCGCUGUCCCCGGUGGCAUGCAAGUUGUCCCCUACGUUCCCCAGCCGGCUGGGGGCCAGUACGGCCACCCUGAAACCUUCAAGCGUCACCACCCUCACCCCAACCGGGCUGGCGGCGGUGCUUACGGUGUCCCUUACCUCCAUGGCCAGCCAGCUCCGGCCCCUGUUCCUCAGACCCCCAUGCACUUUGCACCGGCUCCCCAACCCCCCUAUGGUGGUGCUGGACCCCAUCAGCCUGCUCCCUUUGUGGGUGCUCCUCAGCAGCCUACCCCUGGCCGGGGUCCCCCAACUGCCCCUGCACCCGUGGCCGGCGCCAUCCCUGGCCAGCCACUGACCCAGCAGAUCUACAUCCCCAACGAUAUGGUCGGUGCCAUCAUCGGAAAGGGCGGUGCCAAGAUUAACGAAAUACGCCACCUGAGCGGCAGCGUCAUCAAGAUUAACGAGCCCCAAGAGAGCAGCAACGAGCGUCUUGUGACCAUCACCGGUACAGCCGAAUGUAACCAAAUGGCCCUCUACAUGCUGUACUCACGACUUGGUAUGUACCUCCCUGGAUCCUAUGGUCCCCCUUAUUAUGGAUGGAAGCCCUAA